AUGAAAGGCGACAGAAAACGAAAAAGUUCACAUUUUUUACCUGGUUAUGUAAAGAAAGUUAGUGAGGUGACACAAACUGACUACGACUAUGAUCUUCCAUCUACCUCUGCAGUGUAUGAAGACCAAGAAUUGAGCUAUGUGAAUAUUGAACUAGACUCUCCAGGUAGUCACAGGGUUUUACGACCAAGGCCUGAAAAAAAAGAAAGCAGUUUUGAUCAAAAUGAAAUCUCAGGCAACAGGAUAAUCAAUGUGGAAAAAAUGGUAGAAAUGUGGAACAUAGCCAUUCAGACUCAUGCAGACGAAGAGGCCGAGGUGUGUGCAGUACCACAAUUUAAGAUCAACACAGAAGAAAAAUGGGGAAUCGGAUGGAAAUAUUCACUGAAAUGCCUCAAUUGUGGAUACAUCUCUCCUGUGGUAAAAUUAUACAAGGAAAUCACGACUGGCAAAAGAGGUAGGAAAGCGGCUGCAGUAAACAUCAACUUACAAGCUGGAUUGCUAGACAUGCCUUUAGGCAAUUCAAGGACUAGGCUUCUACUGGCAGAUUUAGACAUUCCCCCACCAGCUGAAAGUGGUAUGUCCAUGUUAUCCAGUUAUGUGAGUUCAAAGACAACUGACUUGAACAAUGAAAGCAUGAGAACUAAGGUGGAAGAGGUGAACAAUGAAAGCAUGAGAACUAAGGUGGAAGAGGUGAACAAUGAAAGCAUGAGAACUAAGGUGGAAGAGGUGAAAAAUGAAAGCAUGAGAACUAAGGUGGAAGAGGUGAAAAAUGUCAAUAGACGAAGAGGUGCCUCCAACCCUAACGUGAUAAAUGUGGCUUUGGAUGGCCGGUACAAUUGUCUGACCAUAGGACACAGCAAGAAAACCGGACAAGGAGCAUCCCAAUCAAUCGGCAUUGCUUGUGAGACAAACACAGAUAAGAAAUAUAUCAUAAGUGCUGUGUUGCAAAAUAAACUUUGUUGGACUGGAGCGUGGCUAAGAAACACAGGCAUUACUGUCAACUGUCCAGGACACGAGGGAUGCACAGCAAAUCUGACAAGACAUGCACCUUUAUCUGAGAGAGAAAUGGGGAGAAUAAUUGGUGAAGAUUUAUCUAUUCAAGGGGUGCUCAUCAAGUUUGCCACAACAGACGGAGAUUCAACGUCAGCUACCAGAAUUGAAGAGGCAAUGUGA